AGCUCCGACACGUUGACCCGGAGAUAAAUUUGAUGAACUUCUAGAGACGAAGUGAUGCCAGCACACCUCUAAAAGAUUAAAUUAAUGUAUGUUAAUUCCACAGACCUAACCUAACAUGAGCUGCGACAUCAGAUGUAAUAAACUCCGAGCAGCACUUGAACGCGGCAGGAGUAGAAGCCGUGAGGAGUUCAGGGUCCACUUUACGGUCACAUUGUAGUUUUUACUCUUUUACUCUUUUAUUUCUGGAUGGAUCCUCAGCCUCCACAGAAGCCGUGGGAGAGGAGGAUACCUGGAGCCAUGAGUACACCUGUGAACUACAGGUCUGUAAACUUGGCCCCGCCUGUUGGCCCCUCAGGCUCUGUGGGCCCCCCCGUCCUGACCAGGAUGGCCCCCCCUGUGCCUCCUCGUUCUGUCCAGCAGGCCUACCGUCCCUCCUACGGCGCCUUCUCCUCCUCCUACAGCCCCUAUGGGAGCUCCAUGUACGGUGGGAGCUCCAUGUACGGGGGGUACAGCCCCUACAGCUAUGGCGGGGGUUUUGGCGUGGGGGGGUACGGCCGCCUCCCCCACACGGAGGAAGUGGCGCCCAGCCGGUUUGUGCAGCGCGAGGAGAGCAGCAGGGGAGCGUUCCAGUCCAUCGAGAGCAUCGUGCAGGCCUUCUCCUCCGUCAGCAUGAUGCUGGACGCCACCUUCUCCGCCGUCUACAACAGCUUCAGAGCCGUGCUGGACGUGGCCAAUCACCUGACCCGCCUACGUGCUCACCUGACCCGCGUCCUGUCAGCCUUCGCUCUAGUACGCACGCUGCGUUACCUUUACCGCCGCCUGCAGAGGCUGCUGGGCCGGCGCUCUGACACUGAGGUGGAGGACUUGUGGACGGACAGCGCCAGUGACACCCUGACUGCAGCUGGAGGGGCGGAGCUUCACACCCCAAAGUCCUGGCCCAUCUUCCUGUUCUUUGCCGUGGUCCUGGGGGGGCCGUACCUCAUCUGGAAGUUGCUGAGCUCUAGCCCCGCCCCCGAAGAGCAAGACUCAAACUGGGCGAGUGGCGAGGACGACCACGUGGUGGCUCGAGCAGAGUUUGAUUUCUCAGCAGCGUCAGAGGACGAGAUUUCUCUGAGAGCGGGAGACAUGCUGAACCUCGCUCCUAAAGAGCUUCAGCCCCGUGUGCGCGGCUGGCUGCUGGCGAGCGUGGGAGGUCAAAGGUCAGGACUUGUCCCUGCUAACUACGUGAAAGUUCUGGGGAAGAGGAGAGGACGGACCGCUCAGCUGCAGCAGGAGACCACACACACACACCCUGCCCCACAAAUAACCCCCACACCCGGUCCAGACCCCCCUUCAGAGGAUCUGCUGGAGUGUGUGUUCACAGAAACACCCGCAUCAACCUGCAACCUACCUACACAGACACAGACACACACACCUGACGAGAGUGACCUGUGAUGUGUGUGUGCGCGCUAAAUAUGUGAAAAUGUUCAAUACUUCUAUACUUUACAGAAUCAACUGUUAAAAAACAAUAUACUGAACAUAUGACCGAUCCUCACACACACACACACACACACACACACACACACACACUCUGUGUGUUCAUUGGUUAGUUUAAUGGUUUAAC